GAUGGAUGGAUGGAUGGAUGGAAGUAUAUGUAUAAAUCUGUAUUUAUACGUGUUUGUAUUCGUUUUCUUUCCCAAUAGGAAAGCCGCCGACUUAAGUAUGGAUGGUCACUUCCUGGUGCGAUAUGUCUACGACGACUCCAUUUCCUACGAUUUGGUUGGUGCCGCUUCGAAAGUUCUAAAACUUCCGGCUAGUGACAUCUUAGAAUUGUUUGGAGAAAUGUUUUUUGCCUUCUGUCAAGAAUCUGGUUACGAUAAAAUUCUGCAAGUCCUUGGAGGUACCACAAAAGACUUCUUGCAGAACUUAGAUGCACUACACGACCAUCUAGCCAGCAUUUACCCAGGCAUGCGCGCUCCUUCUUUCAGAUGUUCAGAAAGAGCGGAAGAUGGAGCAACGAUCAUACACGCAUAUAUGAAAUGUACAUAUAUAAAUGUAUAUAUGAGACAUGAAUCUACUUAUGCUUAUAUUUUCAAUGAAUGCACACAGGUGAAUGUUGAAGUGAUAAAAACGAAAGGUGAAGAUUCAGACCAUGUCCAGUUCGCCAUUAUUGAACUGGAGGGAGGUGAGCAAAAGACCAGUACUGAAAUGGAUGUCAAUGAAAAUACUCUGUCUACAGAACCGAAAAUCAGUCCCAUAACGUUUUGUCGGGCAUUUCCUUUUCACGUUAUGUUUGACCAGAAGUUGGUGAUAUGCCAAACUGGAAAUUCCAUUUCGCGAGUGAUUCCGGAAGUUGUAGAGAAGAGAUUGAAAAUCAAUGAAAUAUUCGAAAUGAUUCGACCACACAUGGGUCUCAGCUUCGAGAACAUUCUUGCACAUAUCAACACCGUAUUUGUUUUCCGCUCCAAGAAGAUUUUGAUAAACGGAGGAGGGGAACAUACGAUCGAGAACGAUAGCUGUUCGAUCUAUCAACACGAAUCUUCCAGAUUAAGAUUAAAAGGGCAAAUGAUUUACGUACCGGAAUGCGAUUGUAUGAUGUUCCUGUGUUCCCCUAGUGUAAUGAACCUUGACGAUCUCAAUCGAAGAGGUUUGUUCCUCAGUGACAUCCCACUCCAUGACGCCACACGAGAUCUCGUCCUUAUGUCCGAACGCUUCGAGGCAGAAUAUAAAUUGACGCAAAAGCUGGAAGUCCUUACCGAGAAGCUCCAACAAGCGCACAGAGAACUUGAGGACGAGAAACGGAAGACUGACCAGUUAAUGUAUUCGAUCCUCCCGCCUUCCGUUGCCAAUAAACUGCGACACAACAAACCGGUCGAUGCCCUGAAAUAUGAAGACGUUACGAUUAUGUUUAGCGGAAUUGAUGGAUUUAGUAAAUUCUGCGCCGAAAACUCCGAUGCACGCGGUGCUAUGAAAAUUGUGAAAUACCUCAACGAUAUCUACACCAGGUUUGAUGUCCUCCUCGAUCCAAUAGUCAACCCGGACGUGUAUAAAGUGGAAACGGUCGGGGAGAAGUACAUGGCUGUGAGCGGUUUGCCAGAGUUGUGUGAGACCCAUGCGAAAUGUAUAGCACACCUUGCUCUCGAUCUCAUGGACAUAUCACAUGAGCUCUCAGACCCAUGUGGUAACCCGAUGGUGAUUACAAUCGGGAUACACACCGGUGAAGUUGUGACUGGCGUCAUCGGCAAAAGGAUGCCCCGUUAUUGUCUCUUUGGAAACACGGUGAACCUGGCCAGUAGGACUGAAACUACAGGAGUAAAAGGAAGAAUCAACAUUUCUAAUUCAACUUACAAGUGUCUGCAGCAACCCGAAUGCAUCGACGAGAGCCUCAGUUUUGAGUACCGUGGUGAAAUCACGAUGAAAGGAAAGAAGGAACCGAUGCCUUGUUGGUUUUUGUCGCGAAGACCCGUUGGACAGCUUGAGACAUCGUUCGUUGUGGACCUAUAAGACAUUCAAUUCAACUAUAAACAUACAUACAUACAUACAUUCAUACAUGCAUACAUAUACCUGUGUAUGCGUGUGUGUUGUAUAUAUAUGUAUGUAUGUAUGUAUGUAUGUAUGUAUGUAUAAAAUGUGCAUAAAUCUGGCUGCCGUCAAAAUAUCCCGGUUUCUUAAAAUUAAGACUAUAUUUGUUGAGAUCGCAUACUGGUUAAGCCAGCCCCUAGUAUAUGGUUCCAAAGAACAUAUAUAUAU